AUGGCCAAGGAAGAAGAAUCGACGGCUGCAGGCGGGUCAGAACAGUGCACCGCGACAGCAGCCGACACCCAACUGAGACAGAUCCACGUUCACACCACAUGGAUGAGCCUGUCACUGGUAUGGUCGAAGCUUGUCCAUCCUGAAAUCCUACACCGCAAGCCCGAAGUUCCCCUUUCAUCGGCGCAGGUGAGUGUGGAUGGCCAGAGAGUGCGGCUUCAGCAGUUGGAGGCUGAGGCCAAGCGGCCAAAGGAAGAGGCCAAGAAAUUGGCAGAGGAGAUGGCCAUGCAAAAUGCGGCGCUCCUCUAUGGCGAAGGAGGAAACGUAGAGGACUGGAAGAAGAAAUACCUUGCGACUUCCAAUCAGCUGCAGCAGGUGCGCCACGAGCUUCAAGAGCUCCGUACCCAAACCCAGAAGCAGAAGAAGGUUCUGAUGAAGGAGUUGGGCACAGAUGAGAGCAUCCAGCAGGCCAUGGCGGUCGCAGACGACCCUUUGGCCGUUCAGUGGAAGGGUCGCGCCGCGCAGAUAGCACAGCUGCAGCGACAGCUCAAAGAUUUUAAGGCGUCCUCGUGCACAAAUGGCGGCACACCCACUGCCCAGGUCCAGGAAUCGGCCGCGACCCUCGCGCCGGCUGUCGCGGCGGCGGCCAAGAACAAGGCAGUCGCUCAAGCAGCCGACAAGCGGCGGGAGGAGUUCGACCGCCUGCAGGAAGAGGUCGAGAAACUGCGGCAGGAGCAGACCGAGUGCAAGCGAAAGCGCGAUGCUUUGAAGUCGCGUGCUGGGUUGCUCGAGUCGCAGCUACGAGACCUCAAGGCUCACGUGCAGUUCCUCCUCCGCAAGAGCGACGACGACGAUGCGUUGGUGUCGAUGUUGCAAAAGCAGCUGGGUCGCGAGGAUGCAGAGUUCCAAGAAGAUGCAGGAAGCGAUGCGGCGCUGCGGCAGCAGAACGCGGAGCUCCAGGCGCAGCUGGAGCGGCAAGCACAGAUCGUUCUGCAGCUGAGGCAGAAGGCGCUCGCAGCUUCCUGUGAGAACGGCUCGGUACCACUUGGGCCAAAGAGCGUCGAAGCAUCGGUGACCGAAAGGCAGCUCCUGGAGCGAGUGCGCUUCCUGGAGGCGGAAAACGCCAAGCAAGCGCAGCAGGUUCAGCUCUUGAAGGCCCGCGAGGCAGUCGGCGGAUCUUUCAACGAGUCCUCGUCCAGCUUCCGCGACCACUUCAGGGAUGCCGUUGACGUAGCAGACAGAUGA